UUUUGAUUUUGAUUGUAAACAAACAAUCAAUCACAAUCUCCGAGUCCAAGAAAAGAAUCAGUCUGGAUCUGACAGUAAUACAUAAUCAUCAUCAUCAUCUUGCGCGAAGCAACGCAGCGAGAGAGUAAACUGGAAAGGAUAGGUUAGUUAGGGAUCAUCGAUGAUACUCCUGCAGUCCCAUUCAAGAUUCCUGCUUCAAACUUUGUUGAAUCGCCUUCAAAAUAUUGAAAAAGGUGUUGAACUCGAUCAUCACUGGGUUGAAUUUGAUGAUGUUCGAUAUCAUAUCCAGGUGUCAAUGAAGAAUCCUCAUAUUUUCUUGCUAUCAGUAUCGUUGCCUACUCCAUCUUCAGAAACUAUAUUUGUAUCUGGACUACCUUUUGGAGCCAUUGAAGCAAUAAAAGCUGCAUAUGGUAGUCUUGUGCAAAUUCUUGAUCCUCCCAGGGAUGGCUUUAACCUCACCUUGAAGAUAAAUCUGUCAAAGGUUCCUGCAAAUCAAGAGCAAAGACAAGCACUUUUAGUUAAAGUUGCAUCAAUAAGGGAGGUUGUUCUUGGUGCACCACUAAGAGUAAUUUUAAAACACCUUGCUUCAAGGACUGUUGCUCCGGAUAUGGAUCCACUUGUCGCUCUUGUUCAUCGGCCAAAGGAGUCUUUUUUUGUUUUUCCUCAGGCUGAUAAGGUGACUGUGAUGUAUCCUAUGAGAUUCAAUGAUUCAAUAGACACGGUUCUUGCAACUUCCUUUUUGCAGGAAUUUGUCGAAGCCAGGCGUACAGCUGGACUUAAUAAUACCCCUCCUUGUUCAUGGUCUCAUACUCCUCCACCGGAACUGAAAGAAGUAUCUCCUGAUGCAUUAUCUGCAAAUGCAGGAUUUGUAUCAUUUGUUAUCUUCCCUCGUCACGUUGAAGGCCAGAAAUUGGAUCGGACAGUAUGGAGUCUAUCAACUUUUCAUGCCUAUGUUAGUUAUCAUGUCAAGUGCUCAGAAGGAUUUAUGCAUACUAGGAUGCGUCGUCGUGUGGAGUCCUUGAUUCAGGCUCUGGAUCGUGCUAAACCAGAUCCUGAGAGUUCAAAGAAAACUUCACACAACAGAUCCUUCCAACGGCUGAGCGUCAAGGAUUCAAGAACCCACUCAUUUUCAUAAAGGUGAAACUUGAUGAGAAAGUAAAGAUGUUCGGCUUCUUUGGCCUACACAAUCACCACCAAGGAAUUGCUGGUGCAUGUUUGCAGAAUGUCCCACGUGCUUUGUAACUUGAAGAUGCGAUUCUUCUUUUGACCUCUACAAAGCUCAGCAUCCAAUGCAAUGCUGGCUUACUCUUGCAGACCGUCCCAGGUGCCUGUAAUUUAUUCGUAGGAAAAAAAGAUACUAAUACAAGAUAAAUGUUCAAUCAAAUUAGUUAUUAAAAAAUGUACAAUUGUUUAUCAUCCGAGGCAUCCCCUUUUAGUGUAAAUUUGUUAAUUCAAGUUUGAACUUGCGAACGAGGUGGUAUGGUUAGGCUGCUUUAGCAUUUUGAGGGGUUUUAAGUUUAAAUUUAAACAGAUGUAAGAGCAUGUAGCAUGCUCUUGCAGGUUGCAGUUCAAAUUCAUUGUGUUUCCUAGUAAAUUACCCAUGAAUUUUUUCCUCUCCA